AUGACCAGCCUCGACACUAGCCUCGCACAGUCAGGUCAUCAGCCUGUACCUGCGGAACCCGAAUCCACAGUGGCUGAGCCUGAACUAGAGCCGGAGGAGUCACAAGCAGGGUACGAUCCGAUGGACGUAGAUUUAGAUGAAGAGCCUGAGAAAGAGCCUGAGGAGGAGCCCGAAGAAGAACCUGAGAGAGAACUUGAGGAGGAACCGGAAGGAGAGCCAGAGGUAGAACCCGAGGAAGAACUAGAGGACGAGCCGCUGAUUGAUGUUCCAAACAAUUCUGAUGAUGAGAUUAUCGAGAUUGAGGCGGAUUCUGAGUCUUCAGAGGAGCAGGAGGAUCAACUACUAGUCCCUUUUGAUGUUAGUGGUGUGAACUUUAGAAGCCAGUUUGUGUGUGCGUCUGGACCUGAGGCUCAAGAACGAGCUGCCACUAUUGCCCAUGCUGCUGAGGCCGCUGCCAUUAAUGGUAACAAUGGGAAUCAAGGGCAAGGACAGGUGAAUGCGAAUCGUCAGAUGCAUCAGCUGGUGGAGCAGUUCUUAAAAUUAAAGCCUCUUAAGUUUGAUGGUAAAGGCGACCCUGAGGCUGCGUCGCUUUGGGUAGAGGAAUUAGAGAAGGCCUUUGAGGUACUAGGGUGCACCGAAGAAGAGAAGGGACAAAUGUCUGUGGAUCAGUACAAGGCCGAAUUCUCUAGAUUAUCCAAGUUUGCCCCGAGGAUGGUAAAGGAUCCUUUGGACAAGGCCCGAAGGUUCCGAGAUGGGUUGAAACCGGACCUUCGUAGCCAAAUGAUAUCAUUGAACUUAAGAGAUUAUAAUGAGAUUUAUGAGUGGGCCCAGGGGAUUGAGCGUGACUUAGCGGAUAGAGCCGCUGCUUCUGGAUUGACCUGGUGUUUCCGGGAGGGUUUGGAUGAGUUCGGACCGGUUCGUGGUUUCGAUGUCCCUUUCGAUGGAGUGGGAGAUUGGGACCCAUCGGCUAUACCUCCUCCUGAUGGGCAGAUGACCAGCCUCGACACUAGCCUCGCACAGUCAGGUCAUCAGCCUGUACCUGCGGAACCCGAAUCCACAGUGGCUGAGCUUGAACCAGAACCGGAGGAGUCACAAGCAGGGUACGAUCAGAUGGACGUGGAUUUAGAUGAAGAGCCUGAGGAAGAGCCUGAGGAGGAGCUCGAAGAAGAACCUGAGAGACAACUCGAGGAGGAACCGGAAGGAGAGCUAGAGGUAGAACCCGAGGAAGAACCAGAGGACGAGCCGCCGAUUGAUGUUCCAAACGAUUCUGAUGAUGAGAUUAUCGAGAUUGAGGCGGAUUCUGAGUCUUCAGAGGAGCAGGAGGAUCAGGGAGAGUCAGAUUCAGGUUCUAGGGAGACUGACUCAGAGUGGACACCGCUUAGAGGUCGUAGGGGUUAG